UAGUUACCCUUCUAGAAUCUGAAAACGUUUCGGGGACAAAGGGCAAUGCUAGCUGGCGGGUUUGAGCCCAGGUAGGCUUCUUAUUUCAGAAAUUGAGCGUGAUGAUCAUGCUGCAUGUGCUCUGUGGCACCACAAGAGGGCAGCAGUUUGUCUUAGCUGGGCCUUCUCUUUUCUCGGUUGUUACCAAGCAGGAACUGCUGCAGGAGACGGGGCCUUCCCGCAGGGCUCGGCGUGUAGGAUGUGGAGGCCCGGCACAGCCUGUGUUUUCUCUGCGUCAGCGCGAGUGCCAGUCCGCAGCUUGAGCCAGGGCCUUUGGCGGCAAAAGGAGGCAGCGCGACCCCUAAAGGGGAAAAUAGCGACUUCUUCCUUUCUUUACAGUCGGCCGGAUUCUCGCUAUCAUUCUGUAGACCAUGUUCUGAUGGUCAAAACCAAGACUGUUCAGCUGAUGUGUUUAAGAUGUGUAGGAAUGGUCAAUGACAAGAGCUCAUUAGAUGAGACUACCUAUGAAAAACUUGCUGAAGAAACACUGGAGUCUUUAAUGGAUUUCUUUGAGGAUUUGGCAGACAAGCAUUUUAUUCCUGAAGAUUAUGAUGUCUCCUUUGGGACUGGAGUGCUAACAGUUAAAUUAGGUGGAAACAUGGGAACAUAUGUGAUCAACAAACAGACUCCAAACAAACAGAUAUGGCUGUCCUCCCCAACCAGUGGCCCCAAACGUUAUGACUGGACUGGGGAAAACUGGGUAUAUUCUCAUGAUGGAGUGUCCCUACAUGAACUACUGACAAAGGAACUUUCAGUUGCAUUAAAGACUAAACUGGACUUAACAACUUUAGCACAUGCUGGAAGAAAACAUACUUGAUGACUUAGAUUUUGACCCAUGGGGUCUUCCUUCUUUCCCACCUUUUCUCCUCAACUUUUUGAUGUGUUUGAAUUGAAAUUCCAAAAAUUAUUGUACAACAGCUGAAAUUAAUAUAUUUUUCUUUAGCUUGG